CUCCUUCCGCGUGUGACCCGCGGCCGCCUGCGAGCGGGGAGGAGGCGCGGCGCGGCCCCAGUGUGGCGACGGCGGGAGGAGGAGGAGCGGGAGCCGAGAAGCGACGUCCCCCAGCAGCCCCGCCGCCGGGCCCCGCCGGCGCCCCGAGCCCGACGGAGCCCCCCAUGCCCGUGUGGUGCUGCCGCUGCUCCUUGGCCGGUCCCGUUAGGAAUUACAACAGCUCUGAAACUGAAGGACAGCUUCUGAAUUCCUUUGGCCAGUAUUUUGGUGACAGCCUUGGGAAGAAGAUAAAAAGAAUGCCUUUAUUAGAAGAAACUGUUCUGCCUGGAGACUCUCUUCUUACUCUGCCUGUGGUAAUAAUAGGAAAUGGACCUUCAGGAAUUUGUCUUUCAUAUCUACUGUCUGGAUACAGGCCGUAUUUGUCUCCUGAAGCUGUACAUCCAAACCCCAUUCUCCACACAAAAUUAGAGGAAGCCCGGCAUCUUUCCAUUGUUGAUCAGGAUCUAGAGUACCUGUCUGAAGGCCUGGAGGGACGCUCUUCAAACCCAGUUGCAGUGCUCUUUGAUACACUCCUUCAUCCUGAAGCUGACUUUGGGUAUGACUACCCAUCUGUUUUGCACUGGAAGCUGGAACAGCAUAAUUAUAUUCCCCAUGUAGUGCUUGGUAAAGGACCACCUGGUGGGGCUUGGCAUGCCAUGGAAGGCUCUAUGCUAACAAUCAGUUUUGGAGACUGGAUGGAACUGCCUGGACUCACUUUCAAGGAGUGGGCAGCUAGCAAGCGCAGAAAUAUAAAGAGUGACCGAGUAAUGCCGGAGGAAAUAGCUUGUUACUAUAAACACUACGUUAAAGUCAUGGGCCUCCAAAAAAACUUCAGGGACAAUGUUUACAUAACAUCAGUAUCCAGACUUUACCGAGGAGAUGAUGAAGAUAGAAGUCAGCUGAAUGAAAAUAUUCCAACGCAGCAUUUGGAAAUGGAAGAUGGACAGAAACCACUGAUGAAGCGAAACUGGGAAGUCAGAGGUUAUCAGCGAGCAACAGAUGGUUCUCAUGUGCCCUUCUGCCUCUUUGCUGAGAACGUGGCUCUUGCCACGGGAACCUUUGACUCUCCUGGCCGACUGCACAUUGAAGGUGAAGAUUUUCCUUUUGUCCUUCAUUCCAUGUCUGACUUCGGAGCUGCUGUAAGCAAAGGAAAGCUACGUGGGAAAGCAGACCCUGUGUUAAUUGUGGGUGCUGGACUUACUGCAGCUGAUGCAGUACUGUGUGCCUACAAUAACAACAUCCCAGUAAUUCAUGUGUUUCGUAGAAGAGUUACUGAUUCGAGUCUGAUUUUCAAACAAUUGCCUAAAAAGCUUUACCCUGAGUACCAUAAGGUCUAUCAUAUGAUGUGCACUCAGUCACAUACUGGGGACUCUCAUCUGCAUUCUCCUUACACUAGUUUCCCUGAACACAAUGUACUUUCCUUUAAGCCUGAAAUGAAAUGUGUUCUUCAGAGUGCCUCUGGACUGAAGAAAAUCUUGAAGUUUUCUGUAGCCUUAGUUCUGAUAGGUUCUCACCCAAAUCUCUUCUUUUUAAAGGACCAAGGACAUAGCAUAGGACAUCACUUAAAUCAGCCCAUCACGUGCAAAGGGAAUCCUAUUGAGAUAGAUCCAUAUACAUACGAAUGCACUAAAGAAGCAAACCUCUUUGCUUUAGGUCCCCUGGUGGGAGACAACUUUGUACGGUUUCUGAAAGGAGGUGCAUUGGGCAUUGCACGAUGCUUGGCAAUAAGACAAAAGAAGAAACAUGAAUUGAUGGGAAGUGAGGAUGGAGGAGGUGAUGGGGUACCAUAAAUAAGGCAUUAGAAACUUUUCACAUAUGGAACUAGACUUAGUCUAACAAAACACUCACUGACAGCAAAAGUUGUUAGCAGUCAUAUUUCUGUAUACAAGUAACCUGUGCUUGUAUUGUUUGAUAAAGGAUGCUGAUACCAUAAUACUUCCUUUUCAAAAUGCAAAGAUUUGAUCUGCUGUUACAACUGAUCUCUAUCUACUGGAAUUAAUUCCAGAGAAACAGAAAAUGAGACUAACUCUUACUGACCUGCCUGUCAUCUCUUGCUCAGCUGAAAGAGCAGACUUCCUCUGGGAAAAGCAAUGCCUGCCAGUGUGGGUUCAUCUUUCAGUGUCAAGCUUGACAAAAUAUUCCUAUCCUGAAAUUAACUUCAAAAAGCAGAAGGCUGUUAGUAGAAAGUGAUGCUUGGUCCCAGAGCAAAUUUGGAGCCUUUUGAAGUGGGAAUUUUAUUUAUUUGCCAUAGUAAUACUUGGAAUGAGCACUUACAAAAUGGUCUUUACUAUACAAAGGAUAUUCCGUAAGCAGAGAGAGUCCCAAGAGAGUCCCAAGUGACCCAAUUUGGUAAUUAGAAUAAAAGAAUAGGCAUUCGUGUUUAAUCUUCAGUGCAUGAUUUGACAAUCCAUUAAUGUUUUUUUCAUGCAAUGCCUAGAUUUUGGUGAGUAGAGAAAGACGUGACGUGAGAUGUUCCCCUGCGGUGAUAUGUACGUUCUGAGAGAACUCACCAACAUAAACAAAAAUAAAGUACUGAUGUAAGUGCUCUUAUUACAGUGUCAGUAUAAUGAAUAUUUAGUGUACCGCUGCAAAAGACUACAUGAGAAAGCUUUUCAGCUUUUUGCCUCCUAGCUCAGGAAGACUGGGAUCACUUGAGUGACGAAGGUGGGUGAUAGGUGGUAGUAUUUCCCAUUUGGCCAAAUACUGGUUAUUUGCAGCCUGCAUAUUUUUAAAAUGUCAUGGGAAAGGAUUAUAUCCUAUAGCCAGCAUAACAACAACAAAAAACAAACAACGACCAUACUUUGUACGAAGGCUUACAGUUUGCUGUAAGAUAUAAAUAUUUAACGUGUAACUACCUCUGAAGUUUUACAUUUAUCCUCCAUAACAUAAGGUCUAGAUUUCAUUUGUUGGAUUUUUGUUUGAACUUGCUCUAGAAUUAUUGGCUAUAGUAAGCAUCAGCUCACUGUUAUUCCAGAACUCACAAAUCCAGUGCUUCAGUUCAUUACCAAACACUUAGAACGGGUUAAUUCGCAGAAUAACCUGGGUAGACUCUUAGUUUAUCAUUAGCCCUUUUCUGUGUUAAAGAAUGUCAUGUUCAUGUAAGGUAUUGUAUUUGCGUGAUUGAAAUCUUCAUAUCAGAACUUAAGUAGAUUUUAAAACUGAAACGAGGUUUAGACUUGGUCUGAAACUAUCAGUGCUUGCUGGUAUCCCAGCUCACUUUCCCAAGUUAUAGAUACCUAUAGUGACAAAUGCCUGUUUCUGUGCCAGCUGAAUUACUGAGUUCUGUGCCUACCGUCAGCCUUUAUGUACCUGAGGAAGGUAAUCAGGCUUGGAUCACAGAAGUUAAAGUCAAAAAGGCUGAAGUAUGUGAGGAUUAAAGUGAGUUUUUUUUUCAAUGGAAAUCCAAAAUUAUUUAUGAAGUGAUGCUACUACUGACAAAUUUUAGAGAUAAUUGCUGAAGUAUAAGGAGGGCAGACUUUGUAUUUGCUUUAUUGCCUACACAAUUGAAUUCAGCUGUACGUUUUCAGUGGUGGAGGUAUUUUUAAUAGUGACAUUUGGACUGGUUUUAAUUAUUCUAGGUUUAUUUUGUUGAUAAUUCAAUUGAGAUUCUAUAAUUAGCCUUCAUUAGUGAGAACUGUAUAUAUACAUCUAUCCUAAAUCUGUGCUACCCAAUAAUUUAACUAUGAAUUAGCAUUGAAGUGCUAGAUUUUAGGCUGCAGGUAAUAGAACUGGAUAUUUUAGAACUGCUUAAUACUUGCUUACAAAAUCUUAUUGCAAUUAACAUAUUGAGAAUAUUUCUACACUGUGAUUAAAUUCCUUCAGUUUUGUAUAAGUGGCCAAGCAGAGCAUAUUGCAGCACAUCAGAGUACUUGCCUUCAUUACAUGAAACAAAAUGCCAUCAAAACACAGGAAACAAUAUACUUAAAAACUUGGCCAGAAGGAUAAAAGCUCUUGACUGGCCGAAUCUCCAUCCUCAGCUGCUGCAUCUGCUAAUUGGCUGUGUUUGUAGUGAGGGAAAUAUGGUCAGAGGUAUUUGUUCUAUUCUUUGUACAGGUGUAUUUCACAACAGCAUUUACAACAUCUUGAGCCUUAGCUGCUUUUCUGUUUUCCUUAGUAUUUCUAAGAUGAAAAUUCAGGAGAUCCUUUAGUUUGGCAGAGGAGUUUAUUCGGUGGUAACUCUUGUUAGGCUGUCAGUAGAAGAAGAAAAAUAAUAAUAAAAGCCUUUAACUGAAGGUGUUCCAAAAAGGCACCCUGUUUUUUGUUUGUUUGUUUUCUUUUUCUAGAAAUUGCCAGUUCUGAAGUUUCAGCCAGACAUUUGGGUUUCUGACUUUGGCUGCUUGGUGAGGUUUCCGUUUCUCUCCUAGAUACGCUGUGAGAAAAAGAUAUGCAGAAGUUGAUGCAGUUAGGAUAGCUUUUCCGUAGGACAGCUUUCCCUAAAGAAUUGGAUCACGCUGCAUUUGUGGUGGAUUAGAUGGGAGCACCGAAUAGGUACCUUUGGGGGAAACAUGUUGUCUCUCAGUUCUCAAAUAUAUACACAUUUAAUAUAUGUGUUUAAAUUUCCUUUCUUCAUAAUAGUUCCCAAAGGGAAACUUUGCUUCCUUCAGCAUUUCUUUCAGUGAGGAAGGCAAGUUUUCAAAUACUGUACAUUAAAAAAAGGUUGCUUAUUACUGAAGCUUUAUUACUAAUAUGCAGAAAGAUCAUAACUGUUAGCUGAAGAAAUUUUAUUUAGAUUUAUAGAACUUCUAAUGGUGCAAUAACCAUGCUAAGUGUUUUCUAAUAGGCUGGUGGGAAAAUGUCUUUUGUAGUUGUUCUGGGUUCUUUAAUGCUGAAUACAUCUCCAAAACUAUUGCUAAGAUUAAUUAGUUUCCAACUGUGUUGAACUGGGACUAAGAUGUGUCAUAGUAGGUUUCCUAGUAUGUGAUUAUUUAAUGAUAGGCAGUUCUGAAUGAAGGUACCUAGGUGGAUGGUAACAAAUGGCAUGGUUUCUGUUGGCUUCCAGUGGCUGAUGGAUGAACUUCUGCUUAAUUUGCCAGGAUUGGCUUCAUUUUACCUUGGCAAGUGCAGAAAUCCACAGUAACAUCAGGCUGUUCUACCUCAAGAGGAAGCACUGCCUGGAGCUAGCAGCCUUGGUUUUCUGCUGAACAUAUGGAGAGAGUGUUGGACCCAGAUGCAUAGGUUGCAAACAGGGCCUAUAUGCUGAGUAAAGGACACCAGAGAGCAUCCCACAGCUAUGGGUCCCUGAUCCCCAAUGCUGCAGGGGUUGUUGGGAGGUGUCAUGUUAUCCUUGCGGCCUCUUGUGUAGGCACUCUUCAAUUAAUUUCUUUGUGAUGGUUGCCUAAUGAAAAAUAACAGUCUGGUAGAAGGAGAUGGCUGUAGCUUUUCUCUUGCAACAUUUAAACUGGGAAAAAGAUGAUAGACAGAAAAAUGGAGCACUUGGUUUAAUUUCCUACAGCAUUGAACAGACCUAGACUUUGAGGCAGGCCUGUCUUGCACAGGCAGUUGGAGAGAGAAGGAAUUUACCUUGUUUUUAGGUAACUUGCUCUUGAGAGACAAAGAAAGGGUGUGAAAUCUUUCAGCUCCCAAUGAUUUCAUGCUAAUUAACAAGUAAUGACCAGUAAGUAACAAUAGAAGAAAGCAGUAAAGAAUCUGAGCAACGUAAACUUAAAAGCCUAUAGGUGCAAAAAGAGCCCACACGGUGUUAGAGCGUAGUGGGCUCCCAUCCUCUGUAAGGUUUAUGCUGUUACAUUUUUCACUUGGCUAAUAUUUUAGAACCAUUUGGCUCUGAUUUUCUGUUACCAGUGUGGAUUAUUUGGUGAGGGUUAGAGCCAGAUGGGAGCAUAGUAGCCACACUGGCGGAAGAACUUUCUGGAUAUUCAUUUUCCUUGCACAACCUGGAAGAGAAUGCAUGAAUGCAUGCUUUGUUUGAGGUUACCACAAUGCCUGGUCUGUUGAGCAGAAACAAAGGAAUCUGAAAUGCCAUUGACAGAGGAAGGCUUUGGUGACACCGGGUGACAAAGUUAGACACUGCUUUACAAACAGCUCUUUCUGCAAGACAGUACUGUCUUUGGGGGGUAAUAUGGUACACUUGUAAGAUGUCUGAGCUAAUCCUCAAAGCCUGAAUUGCACUAGGAAAUGUGAAAUCACACAUUCGGUGUAAGGAACAAGGAUUGGGUUGAAGUAGUGAUUGCAGUAAGGCUAAGCACUCUUCCAGGGAUGGUUUUGUCAAUGCAGAUUGAAAUGUUUCAGGCUUAGUGCCCUGAUAUCAUGUUGCACCUGUCUGCAUGCUAGUGACUUUAUAGCAGUGAUAAUUUCUUACUUAAAGGGCAUAUUAAGCCCAACUCUUACUGGAAAUUCAAUAAAUUUACAUUUUCCUCCCCCAUCUCUUCAUGAUGAGAUCAGUGGCAAUGUGCAUGUAUACAACCAUACUGCCUGUGGUGGAUGCUUCAACCAACUAAAAUUUAGCAUAGUUCCUGGAUGCCCCUGUGGACUUGCAUCUAUUUAAAAAAACAGUACAGAAUCCUGGCAUUUUUUUU